AAAUGAAGUGCGCGCUGCGACACCUCCUAGCUCUUCAGGCUCGGCCGCCAUUUCCUCGCCUGGCCUAACGGUCCGGCCAAUCCCAGCGCUCAUCGAGAAAGGCUAAGGCUCCACCAAUCGGAGCCCGCCGAUUCCGACCCUUUGCCUCAGCUCGGCCCAAUCCAGGCCCCGGCCCCGUCGCCCCCGGUCCGCCCCCGCGGAGCCCUCUCUCCUCCCUCUUUGUGCGUCUCGCGCCGCCGCCGCCCGCCGCGUGAGAGGACGGGUUCCGCGCGCUCCGCGGCAGCGCAGUCGGGUCCCCUCCCCCCAGAAGAUUCGGGAAGAAGAAGCCGCUGCCGAAAAGGAGUCGCCGGUGCCGGUCCCUGGGGGCGCCAUGGCGACAGGAGCGAACGCUACGCCGCUGGGUAAGCUGGGCCCCCCAGGCCUCCCUCCCCUCCCUGGCCCCAAAGGGGGCUUCGAGCCGGGACUACCGACUGCCCCCGGGCCUGGGGCGGGGCUGCUGGUGUCCGGGCCGCUGCCGCCCCCGCCCGUGGGCUCGGUGGGGGCCCUGACCGCGGCCUUCCCCUUUGCGGCGCUACCUCCGCCGCCGCCGCCGCCGCCGCCCCCCCCGCCUCCCCAGCAGCCGCCGCCGCCACCGCCCCCCUCCUCGGGCUCCUCGUACUCGCCGCCGCAGCCGCCCCCUCCGCCGCCGCUCUACCAGCGCGUGUCGCCACCACAGCCACCGCCACCCCAGCCGCCGCGUCAGGACCAGCAGCCGGGCCCGGCCGGCGGCGGAGGAGACUUCCCCAGUAAGAAGCGGAAGAGGAGCCGCUGGAACCAAGACACAAUGGAACAGAAGACGGUGAUUCCAGGAAUGCCUACAGUCAUCCCCCCUGGACUUACUCGGGAACAAGAAAGAGCUUAUAUAGUGCAACUGCAGAUAGAAGACCUGACUCGUAAACUGCGCACAGGAGACCUGGGCAUCCCCCCUAACCCUGAGGACAGGUCCCCUUCCCCUGAGCCCAUCUACAAUAGUGAGGGGAAGAGGCUUAACACUCGCGAGUUCCGUACCCGCAAGAAACUUGAGGAGGAACGGCACAAUCUCAUCACGGAAAUGGUUGCCCUCAACCCUGAUUUCAAGCCACCUGCAGAUUACAAACCUCCAGCAACACGUGUGAGCGAUAAAGUAAUGAUCCCACAAGAUGAGUAUCCAGAAAUCAAUUUUGUGGGGCUGCUGAUUGGGCCAAGAGGGAACACCUUGAAAAACAUAGAGAAGGAGUGUAAUGCCAAGAUCAUGAUCCGGGGGAAGGGUUCUGUGAAAGAAGGAAAAGUUGGGCGCAAAGAUGGCCAGAUGCUGCCAGGAGAAGAUGAGCCACUUCACGCCCUGGUCACCGCCAAUACCAUGGAGAAUGUGAAGAAAGCCGUAGAACAGAUAAGAAACAUCCUGAAGCAGGGUAUCGAGACGCCUGAGGACCAGAACGACCUACGGAAGAUGCAGCUUCGAGAGUUGGCUCGCUUGAAUGGAACCCUUCGGGAAGAUGAUAACAGGAUCUUAAGACCCUGGCAGAGCUCUGAGACCCGCAGCAUUACCAAUACCACAGUGUGUACCAAGUGUGGAGGGGCUGGCCACAUUGCUUCCGAUUGCAAGUUCCAAAGGCCUGGUGACCCCCAGUCAGCUCAGGAUAAAGCACGGAUGGAUAAAGAGUACUUGUCCCUCAUGGCUGAACUGGGGGAGGCCCCUGUGCCCGCAUCUGUGGGCUCCACCUCUGGGCCUGCCACCACACCACUGGCCAGUGCACCUCGGCCUGCUGCUCCCGCUAACAACCCACCUCCACCGUCUCUCAUGUCCACUACCCAGAGCCGCCCACCCUGGAUGAAUUCUGGGCCGUCAGAGAGUCGGCCCUACCAUGGCAUGCACGGAGGUGGCCCUGGUGGGCCCGGAGGUGGCCCCCACAGCUUCCCACACCCGCUACCCAGCCUCACAGGUGGGCAUGGUGGACAUCCCAUGCAGCACAACCCUAAUGGACCCCCGCCCCCCUGGAUGCAGCCGCCACCACCACCGAUGAACCAGGGCCCCCACCCACCUGGGCACCAUGGCCCUCCUCCAAUGGAUCAGUACCUGGGAAGUACGCCUGUGGGCUCUGGGGUCUAUCGCCUGCAUCAAGGAAAAGGUAUGAUGCCGCCGCCACCUAUGGGCAUGAUGCCGCCGCCGCCGCCGCCUCCCAGUGGGCAGCCUCCGCCCCCUCCCUCUGGUCCUCUUCCCCCAUGGCAACAGCAGCAGCAGCAGCCUCCGCCACCCCCUCCGCCCAGCAGCAGUAUGGCUUCCAGUACCCCCUUGCCAUGGCAGCAAAAUACGACGACUACCACCACGAGCGCUGGCACAGGGUCCAUCCCGCCAUGGCAACAGCAGCAGGCGGCUGCCGCAGCUUCUCCAGGAGCCCCUCAGAUGCAAGGCAACCCCACUAUGGUGCCCCUGCCCCCAGGGGUCCAGCCGCCUCUGCCGCCCGGGGCCCCUCCCCCUCCGCCGCCUCCGCCGCCUGGUUCCGCCGGCAUGAUGAUCCCUCCCCGCGGCGGCGAUGGCCCGAGCCAUGAGAGUGAGGACUUUCCGCGCCCAUUGGUGACCCUUCCAGGCAGACAGCCUCAGCAGCGCCCCUGGUGGACAGGAUGGUUCGGCAAAGCAGCCUGAGUUAUUUUUAUGGACGGAAUCGGAACACGCUGGCUCCAUAUUGUGAAAUUUUUAUUAAUUUUUUCUUUUUUCUUUGUUACUUCCUUAUCUCUUCCUUUCUUCAGACUCCGUCCAAGGAGAUGCUCUCCCCGGUCUUCUGCUGCAAUUAGAUUCCUUUCCCUUUUCUCAUUCCUGGUUCUUUAAGGAGAGAGGAACAAGUGGUUUUUAGGCAGAGACUUUGGGCCAUCAAUGUGGCGGGGUGGGGUGGGUGUCUUCUUUGGUUCCAAGAUUUUCAAACUGCCAUAUUUUUUUCAAGCUGAGAUAUUUUUUCCCCUUUAAGUGCGGGGUUUUGUCUCUGCCACCCAUGUGGAGUAGUGGGUUAGUCCCCAGGUUCAGGGUCUAUAACCAUCCUGGCACCCCUGCCCAUGGUAGGUGAGGCCACGUAAGCUGCCUGGGGCUUGUCUGCAGCCUGCAGAGCCCUUUCAGCGCUCCCUGAGCUGCCUCAGAUUCCAUUUGUUCCUCUCCUUCCUGGAAGGCUACCUUUUAAAAUUUAUUUUAAUCCCAAAUGUCUGAAUGUUCUGCAGUGUCGAGGGGUUUGAGCCCCUUAUUUUCUUCGUUCUGCUUCCUUCCUUUCCUCCUCCCCUCUUCAUGGAGUGAUUAUGUUGACAAUAAUGUAUGAUGCGCGUUCUCUUCACUGGUUUAUCAGAAAUUUCUCUGGGCUUUUUGGUGUAUGAUUCAACACUGCGUUAAAGGGGGGUGUUCCAUUGAAUAAAAGAGCAGUGUGGUUUUCCGGG